AUGGCAGCUCCAAAUUCUAUUGAACAAAGAGAGAAAACAAAUAUAAGUGAUAAGAAUGCAUUGCCUAGAGAAAAUACUGAAAAGGAAAACGAGAAUGAUAAUGAAAGCUUUGAUCUUGGUUUAGAAGAAAAAGACGUUCCAGUGAAGCGUCCACGUAAACAGAUUGCAAAGUUUGAUGAAGAAAGGUUAGCGUCUGAGAAUGGCAUUCCGAAGCUUCAACGUAUGAGAAAAAAGGUGAAUUUGAAAGGAAAGGGCCAUGAGUUAGGGGACUUGAAAAGAAUUUUAUCCAUGUAUCAUAUUUGGACACACGAAUUAUAUCCACGAGCUACCUUCGAUGACUCAAUAUCGUACUUGAACAGACUAGGAUCCACACGUUCAGUCAAGGUACGCAGACGUGGUUGGAUCAAUGAAGUUGCCGAUGAAAGUGUAGUUGGCCAGGAAAGCCUACAAAACGUGUCUUACGACCAACCUCCCGUUAUGGGAUCGACGAGGUUGCCUUCUAAGCAAGAUUCGUACCUUGAAAACGGUGAAGACGUGUCAUUCGUUAUUCCAGACGUUGAGAAUGAAUAA